GCAUGGAGAGUGUCAGUCCGGAGACUAGGACAUUUGAUGACCUGGACCUCGGUGCGUAUGGGCUUCUGUCUGAGCGUCACGCCACCUGUCAGGCCUCCCAGAGGUCAGUGAGGGAGAUCCAGGAGCGGAUCGCAGCCCUGGUGCUGAGGCACAGCCGGGCCCAGGUAGGGCAGCUGGACUCUGGGGAGAAGGAGGCCGCAGACAGGCCCCUGCAGCUCUCCUCCAGCAGAGAGGGCUCUGCUGAUGCUGAGCAAAGGCCUGAGGAGCAGGAGACCCUGCUCUCUCUGUCGACCAAGAUGUCAGAACACCAGAAACAGCUGGCUGACCUGCCGAACACAAUCAAGAUGUAUCCUCACCCCGAUGUUGUUGAAUGCUGUCUGGUUCUCCUGCACAUCAGCAAGUCUUCGUCUCUCUCUGAGUCGCUCCAACAAAAGGCCAAAGAUCUGCUCCGCAAAUACGGAACAAAUCCCUCCGUCCUCAAAACUGCUCAGAAAUUCCUUACCUGAAUCUUUCAUUUAAAGACUGAAAGAAGCACUUCCUUUGUACAGCAUUCUUUUUUUGUUGAGUAAAAAUAAACUUUGAUUCUACUUCCAGAAAAGCCUGAAAGUCUUCUGUAAGAGCUGCAUGCCCAUUUUCUGUCAGUAUUUUGGACUUCGAGCAAAAGAUGUGGUUAAACUGCCCAACACUAACGGUUCAAACUGUUAUAAAUUGAUAGGUAAUUAUUUAAAC